CUGGACAGGAUCUGACUCUGAUUUCGCUCCCUGUCUUUCACAUCAGUGGUCAGACAGGAUGAAUGAAUGAAGGGCAUGCGGUUUUGAAUGAGUAGGGCAUCCUCAGCAAAAGGAGGAGGAAUAAGAGAAUUAGAAGAGGCUGAGUAAAGAAGAGGACGAUGAGGACCUCUCUAGUCCUGAUCAUCCAGCUGAUGCGCUGCUGCGAGGCUCUGCGCUUCGUGUGUCCGGAGAUCUGCCGCUGCUCCAUGAAGACCAUCAGCUGCACCAGAGUGACCGAGGCGAGAGCAGCCAGACAGCACAGACUUGUUCUGAACUACAUCCACCUGAAGAGUAUUCUUAGUCUCAGCUUUGACGGACUGAGAGGUGUGAAGCGAAUAGAAAUUGCUCAGAGCGUCACUCUCGAGAACAUUGAGACUCAGGCCUUCAACAGCCUCCUCAACCUCUCAGAGAUAUCUAUCCAGAACACGCGGAGCCUGGUUCACAUCGGCCAGCGGGCCUUCAGUAACCUUCCCAAGCUGAGAUAUCUGAGCAUCUCCAACACUGGGAUUGCUGCAUUUCCUGACCUGACGUCCAUCUCAUCUCUCGAAGCUUCGUUCAUGCUUGAUAUCUGUGACAACCUCCACUUGCGCUCAGUCCCACCGAAUGCCUUCAGUGGAAUGACAAGUGAAGACACCACAAUGAACCUUUAUAACAACGGCUUCAGAGAAAUACAAAGCCAUGCCUUCAACGGGACAAAAUUAGACAUACUAAUAUUGAAGAACAACCGAAACCUACAAAUAAUCCACAGAGACGCCUUUAGAGGAGCUGCUGGCCCUACUGUACUAGACGUGUCCUCCACAGCUCUGGAGACGUUGCCAUCUGUUGGAAUGCAGUCGGUUCAGAAGCUGGUGGCUCACUCUGCAUUCUCGCUGAAGAGGCUGCCUCCCCUGAAGAUUCUGGAGAACCUGAGAGAAGCUCAGCUCACCUACCCCAGCCACUGCUGCGCUCUGCUCAGCUGGGAUGCAGACAGAGAAGCUCCAUCUUCAGUACUGAGAAACGGAUCUUCAUUUUGUGAAGAGCAGAGUCUGUCAACUAUAAGCGCAGGUAAUUCCAUAAUGGUGGAAGAUCCCUUUUCCUCCGACACGUCAGGACGUUUCGGCUCUGUAGACUUUGAGUAUCCAGAACUGGGCUCCUGCCAGAUGAAACCAGUCCUUCACUGCAGCCCAGAGGCUGAUGCCUUCAACCCCUGUGAGGACAUUGCUGGGUUUGGGUUCCUGCGUGUGGCUAUCUGGUUCAUCAACAUCCUGGCUAUUGCCGGCAACCUGACAGUCCUUCUUGUGUUCUUCGCUGGCCGCUGCAAGCUGACCGUCCCUCGCUUCCUCAUGUGCCACCUGGCUUUCGCUGACUUCUGCAUCGGUGUGUACCUCCUCAUGAUCGCCACUGUGGACUUGCGGACACGUGGCCAUUACAGCCAGCAUGCUAUAGAGUGGCAGACUGGAGCGGGCUGUGCCGUCGCCGGCUUCCUGUCUGUCUUUGGUGGUGAACUGUCUGUCUACACGCUAUCUACUAUCACUGUGGAACGCUGGCACACAAUCACCCACGCUCUCCGGCUGGAGCGUCGGCUUGUCCUACCCCAAGCUGCUGCCAUUAUGACUGCAGGUUGGCUGCUGUGUCUGGCCAUGGCCGUGCUCCCCCUAGUGGGUGUCAGCAGCUACAGCAAGGUCAGUAUGUGUCUGCCCAUGGACAUCGAGACCCCUGUGGCCCAGGCCUACGUCAUCCUGUUGUUGCUCUUCAAUGUGGGGGCCUUCCUGGUGAUAUGUGGGUGCUAUGUGAGGAUCUACACUGCCGUACGCCGCCCCAAGGUGCCUGGGCGGGCUGCUGACGCCAAGAUCGCCAAGCGCAUGGCCGUGCUCAUCUUCACCGACUUCCUCUGCAUGGCGCCCAUCUCCUUCUUCGCCAUUUCCGCCGCCUUCAAAGUGCCCCUCAUCACCGUCACCAACUCCAAGAUCCUCCUGGUGCUCUUCUAUCCCAUUAACUCCUGUGCCAACCCUUUCCUCUAUGCCAUCUUCACCAAGGCCUUUAGGAAUGACGCCUGCUUGAUGCUGAGCUCCAUGGGCUGCUGCGAGACCAAAGCCAACAUGUAUCGUGUUAAGAUGGCGUACUAUUCGGAGAACGCCGGGAAAAGCAAGAGCAGUUCAGGCAGCAAGGAUCCACGCUAGGUCCUCCUGUCCUCACAUGAAACCAGAGGGCAGCUGAAGAGAAUGUCUCACAUUUCUUCGCCAGACUCCUCUCAUCUGUUUACAUCUCUGUGUGGUGCAUUAUGUUUGCCCUUCUGCAUUUUUUUGGUUUGAUGAGGCAGGUGAGCAUGAGACGGCUUUCAGAGGAUCUAUUUUCUCGCAGACAAUGGGACGUUUUCUCAAGCAGGACACAGAGUCUCUGUGUCCUUAUCCCAGGACACAGAGACUCUCGAUUCUGAGCUUAUUCAUGUCCAGAGAGGAGCAGAGACUUUGGCAGUCAAGGUCGAGUCUAUUGUUAUUGGUUAUAAAAGAAGAAAUGGAUUUGUGCAUCAUAGAUCAUGGUUCUUUCCUCAGUCUUUCCUACUUUUUACGUUCCUAUUUUUCUUUACAACAAAUAAUGGGAAUGUCAUGAGUUCAUCUUCUUUUUGUGACAUCAAGGGUACUCUAAGAACAUCCUGCACAGAUACUUACUCCAUAUCCCCUGCGGGCGGACUGUACUAAACAAAUUCAUAUUAAAUUAAAAGGGGUAUGUUGGGUUCAAUUGACACUUUACCUUGGGUUGAGGCAACCAAAUAAACUUGGUUUGUGAAUCUCAAAUAUGUUUGAAGUCUUAACAAUACAGUAUUAUAGAUAUAUUAUGUGAUAAAACAUAGCAACAUUAAUUGAAAGGGGUUGGAAAGGCGGGGAUGACAGUUUUUCCCUCAUUUCCUCCUAAAAGCCCUGAUUUAAAGGACAAUUCCACCAAUUUUUCAAAAAUAUCCACAUUAUUCAGUGGUUGAGAUGUAAUCAGAAUUAUUCAGAGUAAUUUGAUCUUUAAUGGUUCAGAUGUCUUU